GUGUGUAAAACAGGUGGCGCUGAUGCAGGAGCCACAACCGAAAUCGAGAAAGUCAGUCAGUCGGUCUCGCGCCUUACGCGUGUGCUUGUCAUGUUUUGUGUUCGUUCGUAGUAUUGGGGCGUCGUGUUUCAUUAUCACGUAUUCACAUUUAAAACGAUUGUCAACGAUUUACCGUGACAAGAACAUUCUUCCUGUUCAAUUCUACGAGGACAACAACAGGAACUUGCAUCUAAACGGAGUGACGCCGGUUCAGGACGAUGCCGGAAACGUAAAGGACGCUUCGAAGCGUCUAUGACAGGAUGAUGCAGAAAUGGUGACGACUUUCAGCGUUGAACAACUGGGCGUUCGUCCUGCGGGAGACAAAGACCAGAAGUAAGGAUGGCCUUUCACUGGGAUAAGCUCUCACCGGCAGAAUUUCAACAGCUUCAGGAUUUAGCAGUUUAUUCUGCGCGAAAGCUACAGGAUGUCCUCACCGAAUUCUGCGGAUCAAACACAACGCCCAGCGGUGCGCCAAAAUAUCAUCCAGAUGGUGACAUCGAUUACGAAGGAUUUCGUAAAUUUUUGGACACCUAUCUCGAAGUGUCAACCCCCGACGAACUUUCACGACAUCUUUUUUUAUCGUUCGUUAAGAAGGUGUCUCGAGUCGAUGGAAAAGCUUUCAAGGAAAUGGCUGUGCUAUCGUCGACAACCGCCUGUGCUGCCAUUACGUCUCACACAACGUCCAGCAGCAACGUGAACAACACCGGUUUACCUGGUGGAACGUCGUCGGAAGGACAUAGUUCUUCCUUGGCCGACAAAAUUCAUGGUCUCACGGAGAAGUUGCAAGCCUUAGGACACCAUAGAACGGAAAGCGAAGCCUCCACCAGAGCACGCACAGGAAGCGUCCAUCCUAUAUUGACGAUACAGCACACCUCGUACAGCUGUCACGAUGUGAUUGAGAAGAAAAGCACUGACAGCAGCCCAAGUCACAGCCAAAUGUCGCGGAAUUCGUCCAGGAAGUCGAACAAUUCGCUGCUCGUCAACAACGGGAAAUUGGAAGAAAUGAGAAACUUCGUUAGAAAACAGAGCACGAUAGAUGUCCACUCGGUUAAAGUCAGCCUCAAGGAUAUCGUGUGCUAUCUUUCCCUCUUGGAAGCUGGUAGGCCAGAAGAUAAAUUAGAGUUCAUGUUCCGGCUGUACGAUACAGAUGGGAACGGCGUUCUUGACACAAACGAGAUGGACUGCAUUGUCAAUCAGAUGAUGAAUGUCGCCGAGUAUCUCGGAUGGGACGUCUCGGAAUUGAAACCGAUACUGCAAGAUAUGAUGAUAGAAAUAGACUACGACGCGGAUGGUACGGUAUCUCUGGAAGAAUGGAAAAGGGGUGGUCUGACGACGAUCCCGCUACUAGUUCUUUUGGGCUUGGAUUCUCACGUAAAGGAAGACGGUAACCAUCUCUGGAGGCUAAAACACUUUAGCAAACCCGCCUACUGCAAUCUCUGUUUGAAUAUGCUAGUCGGUCUCGGAAAGAAGGGCCUUUGUUGUGUCUUCUGCAAGUACACUGUCCACGAAAGAUGCGUACAAAGAGCACCAGCCUCUUGCAUAGCCACCUACGUGAAAAGCAAAAAGACGUCGCAAACGAUGGCGCACCAUUGGGUCGAGGGAAAUUGUCACGGCAAAUGUUUCAAAUGUAAAAAAACUAUCAAGAGCUACAAUGGGAUUACGGGUUUGCACUGCAGAUGGUGUCAAUUGACAUUGCAUAACAGAUGCGUUUCGCAAGUGAGGACAGAGUGCACGUUGGGUGAGUACGCAGUUCAUAUCCUUCCGCCUACGGCGAUUUGUCCAGUUGUCUUAGACAGGCAAAGAUCGUUAUCUAGGGACAGUAAAAAGGGAAGCAAACACGGUCAAGAUUCGUCGUCGACUGUUACCUCGCAAAGUGGAUUCCUGACAUCUGGUGCUGCUACUAAUCAACAGCCAGCUAUGUCCUUCCAAAUUACACCGCCGCCGGGGACUUUUCCACUUCUGGUGUUCAUAAAUCCAAAAUCCGGAGGAAGGCAAGGCGAACGCAUGUUGAGGAAGUUUCAAUAUAUCCUGAACCCGCGCCAAGUUCAUAAUCUGGCCGUGGGCGGACCUAUGCAGGGUUUGCAAAUGUUCAAAGACGUGAAGGACUUUAAGGUGAUCUGCUGCGGCGGUGAUGGUACCGUUGGCUGGGUGUUAGAGACUAUGGAUCGUGUCCAAUUCGAGCAUCAACCAGCUGUAGGUGUCAUACCAUUAGGGACAGGCAACGAUCUUGCAAGGUGUUUGCGAUGGGGUGGUGGUUAUGAAGGAGAAGCUAUUCAUAAAGUACUCAAAAAAAUAGAGAAAGCGACACCUGUAAUGAUGGACCGCUGGCAGAUAGAAGUGCUUGAUCAGAAAGAUGAGAUGAGACCAAAUCAAGACAGUAUACCGUACAAUAUCAUUAACAAUUACUUCUCUGUGGGCGUGGACGCGGCGAUCUGUGUAAAAUUCCACAUGGAAAGGGAAAAGAAUCCUGAGAAAUUCAAUAGCCGGAUGAAGAACAAACUUUGGUACUUUGAGUACGCGACCACGGAACAAUUUGCUGCCAGCUGUAAAAAUCUUCACGAAGAUCUAGAGAUCGUUUGUGACGGAACACCAUUAGAUUUAGCGCACGGACCUUCUCUCCAAGGUGUCGCAUUAUUAAACAUUCCUUUUACUCAUGGAGGUUCCAAUCUCUGGGGUGAACACCAUACGAAACAUCGACUUGGUAAACGGAAGAAACGACCAGACAAAGAACUGAGCACCAGCAGUUUUAAUUCCGUAGAUCUUACAGCCGCGAUACAAGAUAUUGGAGACAAUCUCAUAGAGGUGAUCGGUUUAGAGAACUGUUUGCAUAUGGGUCAAGUGAAAACUGGACUUCGUCAUUCCGGUAGAAGGUUGGCACAAUGCAGUAGUGUCACCAUCACCACUAGCAAACGUUUUCCGAUGCAAAUCGAUGGUGAACCAUGGAUGCAGGGUCCAUGCACUAUUCACAUAACGCAUAAAAACCAAGUACCGAUGUUAAUGGCACCGCCACCGGAGAAGGGUCGAGGCCUCUUCCGUUUCUUAAAGAGGUGAACUUCAAUAUUAUCAAAUAACGAAACUGGAAAAUCGAAAUAAUCGACUCAGUUCUCGAUCAGAACGUAGUCUCAACGUCGUCCCGCCUGUUUUAUCUUAUCUUAAUUAAAAGAAAAGGAGAAUGAAGCGUAUCAAUUCGGUCGUAAUUAACACAGCUUCGGUGCUCGCCCGAGCGCGUGGAACGAGCUUCGACGUAACUUAGGUAUUCUUGUGUACAGUAUUUUUGAGAAUAAUAAUAAAGCAUCGCUCGUCUUAGUGAUAGGAUUAGCGGUAGACUCGUCGGUCAUCGGUGCUUUGAGAAGCUUCGAUACCGGUGUAUGAUCGUUUUGUAUACUAUGCGGAGAUACGCCGAAUAUGUUUCAUUUUUCUUCCGUUUCUCAAAUCCGUGGCUUGAGUCUACCGUUUCAAACGUGCAAGUAAAUACGAGGUUGUACUAUCGCAAUCGAGCGUAUAAUUUAUAUACCGACAUAACGGAUUGUACGGUAUCAUGCAAAAGAGAAAAUAAUCUCGUACGUAACGUUAUCUAGAUAAUAUUAACGACAACUUCUUUAAUCAUUCUUUUUCUUUGUACAACACUUAGAUAUAUCGUAAGCCUUUGAUUUCUCCAUAAAAUAUCAUAGUUGAUGAUAUGCAGAUCAUAUUCUUUAGAUGAAUAAUAUUUGUUGUACGUAAAGAUUAUAAAAUCUAAUUUUAUAUCGAUUAAACGUUGAGUAUGUAUCUGUUGUAUGUUAUUUUAUAUUCUACUUGCUGUUUCUUGAUCUGCAUAUCCUCGACCAGUCUUCUAUCCGUUUACUUUUAUAAAGAAAAAAAAAAAAAAACAAAGGAAGAAGUUUAGCGCAUGAAACUAUUCGAAUGGCUCCUCUUUUUUGCACGACUCCGUCCAAUAAUCAAAGAUCUUCUACUUUCCUCUCUUAACGUUAAGAUUUUUGUACGGAAGCUUAGUCGUAACUGCUUAGACAUAAAUCACGAUAGAUUGGUUUUAUUUAUUUAUUUAUUUAUUUAUUUAUUUAUUCGUCCGAAUUUAUUUAUUUAUUCGAUGGCUCUCAAGACGGAGCAGUAUAUCGUAAGCAUAUCAGCAUCAGCAAACCGAGCGCGGCUAUAAAUUAGCGCCGUGAGGUUCAGUUGUUCCGCGUUUGUCUUUUGUAUGAAUCGCACAAUCAAAAGUUACGAAAAUUAUGCGUAUAUUUUCGAUUUGAUGCGAUGCAGCUUGUUAAUCGGUGCAAUAGUUGCGCGCUGUUAUAAAUUAGUCCCUUAAGUUUCUUUUCAACGUAUUAUUGUCUUUCUACACGUUGGCCAUCUCUCGAUCGAUACGCAAAUAGAGUUAACACUUUUUUAAUUAAUACGCGUAUUAAACGCGUAUCGAACUAUUAAAACAUAGAAGUGGAUUACAGUGGACAUAUUAAAUAUCAUAUUGCUAACUAAGUAGGAGACAAACAUAGAUAUUAUAAUCUACUACGAAGUUUAAUCAAAAGUCGAUUCAGCCAACGUGUUACAUACAAUGAUCAGUAUUGUGGUAUGGAAUUUAUAGGAUUUUUCAUAGAAUUCUUCUACGACUGCAUCAGCACGCACUUCCUCAUUGUCUGUACGAAUGCUUCUAUAAGUACAUUUGUAAUUUUCAUAGUCUCAUUUCCAUGAGUAUUCCAAGCUAUUUACCAUUAAAUUAUUUACUUGCCAUAAAUUUUUGUAUCAUUUCUCCAAAGUAUUUUUCAGAUCUUCCGUCCGACGAUAGAAGUAAUUAAAAAUAUAGGUUGCAUUUCUUAUUUCCGAACACUCGUAACUCACAUUUGUUUCACGUUAUUCCAAAAUGUCAAUUUUAAUAGAGAUCGAAACGAAUCUAAUGAUAUUUUGAGAAAAAAUCAACACGGCAGUACCGAGUAGUAUACUUCAACUUCAUAGCCGACAACAUGUCAAUGUUCACUAGCAUUAUUCUGAUUUUUAUCCGCAUAUUUCGCUUUCGUAUCGCGUUUCGAGAUAUUUAUGCUUUUGUAUGGAAAGUGUAACGAAAAAGUACGACACCAAGUAUAUAAAAUCCCGCAGGGACCAUCACAACGUCGAAAAAUCCAUGUAAUGAUUAUAGAAUGAUCUUAAAUUUUAUCUUGUAACAGUGAUGACCAUUAAGCCCGAUGUAACGUUUCAAUUCAAGCAACGUCAGCGAUGUCUAUUGUAUCCUCGGAUUCUUCUAAUCUUUCAAUUUUAUUAUUUAUUUUCAAAAGAGCAUAGAUCCUUCUGUUCUCUUCCAUUUUUCUUUCAUAUUUAACAAAUUUAUCAUUUGUUAUUCCUUUGAUCGCGUACAAACGCAGAAUAUACAUUGCUCGAAAUGAAUUCCCACGAAAAGACGUUCUAGAGGCAAGCGUUUACGAGUCAAUAUUUUCAAGCAUGUAUUUCUCGAUCGUUUUACGUAGAGGAAUUGAUAUACAAUUUAUUCGUCGCGCAAAUAAUGAUCGUUUCCCUUAUAAUCGUUAUAUAGACAUACUUCCCUUAGCGAUUAUAUGAUCGACUAUAAUAUAAUAUAGUUGCUCUCGUUAGACGAAUCGAAAUAUUACGCUUACGUAUAAUGAUACAACCAUUAAGGUCUUAAUCGUUAAGUUGUUAUUCAUUAGCGAAGAAAAAUCGGAUGAAAGAAGUACGACAGACAGAAUUAUCUGAAUAAACUGACAAAAGAAAAUCGUGAGAGAGUUAAAGAUAAAUACAUAUAUCGUCGUGCUUCUUCGUCGCGUAACUGUGAAUACUAUUGGCACAAUAAUUACAAAUAUUGUUUUUCUAUUGGAUUGGCGCAGUGUCUCAGUGUGCUUGUCAUUGUAAUAAUGUUAUGGUAUAAGGAAAGACCCAAAAAUCAAAAAAAGAAAAAAGAAGAAAGAAAAAAUGACAAAAAAAUAUGAGAAAAGAAAACAAGUAUAUUCCCGUGCACAGCAGCGUGAGAAACCCACAUUACCAUUGCCCCAAAAUCGAAACGAACUUUUUAACCCUUGAUGCGAAAUAUCGAUUUCCUCAAGAUAGAAAUACUUGUAUUCUGAUUCAUGGAUUAGUAUAUAUAAUACAGGGUGAUCCAUUUUUUAAACAUAAUUCAUACGUUUUCAAAGAGUAUGGAAACUGAAGAUCUGACUAAAUUUUAAUUAAUAAAUACGUUGUGAACAUGUCCCUUGACUCUUCUGCGUCAAUUCUUCUUACUCGACACUUUUAAACUUGAAUUCAUUUUUUUUAAAUUUAACAUAUUCCUAUAGUAUAAUUAUUAUAACAGAUAUAAAUGUUGACGUGUUUAAAUGAAACGCCCUGUAUAUAUAAAAGUAACACAUGGUAACAUUGACAAUAGCGCACGUCAAUUAUUCCUUUCUUUUUAUUACUAAGCGUGCUCCAUGAUUCAUAGUGGAACCAGUAAGUUAAAGGAACAACGUUGUUAUUUUCAGCGAUGAAAUAAAAAUAUCUUACUAACCAAAACGAGAAAAGGGAAAGAGAAACGUGUAUUUCUCGUUGAUGAUUAAGAACGCAGAAAAGAAGAUUUGAAUCGUACGAUUCGAGUUGAAAUUGUUGCAAAGAAAACGUUGCCUCGGUGCCUCGAAUAUUUUAGUCUAAAUCGUUGCGCAAAGUAUGACUGGAGACAUGACAGAAUAAAAAUUACGCAGAAACAUUGAUUUCUUUGUCGAUUUUCAAAAAUUCUCUUACGUGAUAUCAAUCGAAUUUCCAUUACCUUCGAUCCUGUGGAAAAACUUUUUCUUUCAUUUUUAAGUUAAUUUUAUUAAUUAAAAUUCUUAUAUAAAAUAAAUACACAGAAAUGAUUUCAAGGAAAUUUUCUAUUUCUUAUAAUUUCAUGAAUGCAGGUUCAAUGCAUUGGGCUAAUGAAAUACGCAGUUUUAAAUAAAUAAGUAAAUAAGUAUUACAUUAUACGAUCUUACAACUCUCAUUCAACAAUAUUGUUACAACUUUUUAAUAAUUCUUCUACAAUAACUCUCUUACAACCCUUCUCUAUAUAAUAGAACAUAUUCGAUUUCCCAUACGCAACAAACAAUUUUACGACGUGCAUUUAAAUGUCCAUGUGUCACCAUACAUCAGUCUCCACGUGUAUACGUAUAUCGCUUUUCAGGCUUAUCAUUCAAUUCUCUAACAUAAACAUUUGAUCUCUAUUGCUCAUUGUCAAUCCUUAAUCCAAUCCCCAAAUUGUCACCUGUAUCCGCAUGUGAUUCAUUCCUUUAUACAUAUAUACAUAGUAAUUCGACCUAUAUUUAUCGUAUACUAUAUAAGUGAUGCAAAUUUGAAAUUCAGGAAAAGUUUUUUUAUCAUUACGUAUUUUAUUAUUUAGCCAGUUUUUACUUAAGAUUCUUUAAUUUUCUAUCGCAAAAAUCAAAAUCGAAGAAGGAUUUAUAUAUUUUGAGAUUUAGUUGUCGGAGUAACUCGAAAUAAGCAGAGAGGGUUAAAAAAUGGAAGUACGCUUCAUUGGGAUUUGUAACAGUUAAGCGCGAUUGAAAGAUAUUCAAAUUAGAGAAAUUUACUGCCACUUUUACUGGGUCUAUGUACGUUUGAGCACUACUGCCAUUUUCCAAAAGAUAGUCAUAUAUGAAGAGAAAAGCCUGUCUAUUAUAGUGUAUUAUACGAAAUAAAGUGUAAAUUACGAUACAAGA